AUGGUGAGAAGGAAGAAGACUGUGCAGAAGCUUGCUAAUGUAAUCGAGUUGGAGCUCCCUUCAUCCAAUACACCGAUUAUGGAGGAAGAAAGGACGGAUUUGGAGCCAGAGGUACCUGAGGAGACGAUUGCUCCAAAGCUUCAGGAUCUUGAAUCGCAUGAUGAUAUUGAUAAGAUAGUGGAGGCAACUUUCUGGAAAUCAGCUCUAGUUUGUAUGGUCAUUGGGGCCAACCCACCUAUGGCUGUUUUUGAAGGGUUUCUCAAGAGAAUUUGGGGUAAUCUUGGAAUUGAUCGCGUGGCCAAGAUGAAUUCCGGUUUCACAAUGGUUCAGUUUAGAGAUGAGGCAACUAGGGAUAUGGUGCUUGAAUCUGGAGUGAUUCAUUUUGACAAGAAACCAGUAAUUCUCAGACCUUGGUCUUCUGAUGUUGAAACUAUAAGGUCAGUUAAAUAUGUCCCUGUUUGGAUUCGAUUACCAGGUCUUGGACUGCAAUAUUGGGGUGUUAAUUGCCUGAGUGCUCUAGUUAGCACGAUUGGCACUCCUAUUAUGGUAGAUAAGGUCACAAAAGCAAGGACUAUGAUCAAAUUUGCUAGAGACUUAGUUGAUAUGGAGAUUGCAGAACACAUCCCUAUGCAUAUCCACUAUCUAAAUGAGAGAGGUCAGAUUUUGGAGCAAGCCAUUGAGUAUGAGUGGCUCCCUACUAAGUGUACUGUUUGUAAGAAAUUGGGUCAUACCACUACUGUCUGUAAGCAUUCCCCAACUCUUGCAAAGAAGAACUCAGAGCUUUCAACCCAGCCUAGUCCUGUUACUACAACAGUUAAUGAACUUGAUGCUACCACUCCUGUUAGUAGAAACCAAAGAAAACAAGAUACUACUAAGGUUACAAAGCAGGGAGGAGCUCAAUCUAACCCUAGUGGAUCUAAAUGGGUGACCCUUCGAAAGGUAGGAAUGAAGAAGUCUGCUAGUAAACCUCAAAUUGAAAUGCAUAGGAAUUCAUUUAAUAUUUUACAGGUAAACCAGAAACAAGUAGAUGUUAUUUCCAUUCCCUCUGAAAUAAAUGGACAACAACAACAUUUUGAGCUGGAGUGUUAA